AUGGCGCAGCACAUCUUCCGGUUCUUCGACCUCCCUGCGGAGAUUCGCGACAUGGUGUAUGGGUACCUGACCGAUGAAACCAGCUUCCCACACGCCGAGAUCAAGACUCCGCACCUCCCAUCGAUCAUACGCCUCGCCUUCCAGGGUAUGUGGGUUCCUCGCCUUCUGCUCAUCAACAAGCAAUUCAAGGAUGAAUACUUUGACUACGUCUGCGCAUAUCAGUUGCGCUGCUAUGUCGUGAUGUCCAUCCGCCCACCCCUCUAUCAACGAAGCACACCACACAACCCGAGCUCAGCCAUGGCCUGUCUCUCAAAAGUGCGCACUCUGAUCGGCACUCGCGGCGCGGAGCCUUGGUGGUAUUUCGACGAACACUGCACGGCCUUCAACAAUGUCAUAGCAGCCCUCCUGGCGGACCUCCCAAGCCUCAAGACCUUCGAGGAGCGCCUAUGCUGCCGCCUGUGCGAUUUCGAGGAGUUGCUCGGUCGCGGCAAUGACAGCGCCCUUCGCAUUAUGCAAGGCGACGCUGGGCGGUUCGCGGCUGCUCGUCUCCGCCACGACGUCUCCCGGGACAUCACGCACAAGCGGGCUCUUGGCAUUCAGGCGCCGCUGUAUUUCGAUUUCGAGAGGAACAGCGAUGAGUGGUCCCCGAGGGUCGACUGGAUUGCUACGCCCGUGGCUGGGAAGGUGAAGCCCGAGUAUCUGUGGCAUGGCUUCGCGCUCGAGGCUAUUACCGACUAA